CUACGAAAGAUAUUUACGAAAUUUGACCCCAAAAUCGAUAAAAAGUGUGGAAACAAGUUUUAAUAGAGCUAUCAGAAAAUUUUUAGACUAUUUGCCUAAAGACUUUAAUGAAGAGAUUGUUGAACAAGAACUGAACAAAGGAAAAAAUAAGAAAGAAGGUGGUGAAGGAAGCAGAUAUUAA